AGCGUUGCCUAUGUGCAGGCAUAAUUCGUGCGUGCUUUCUCUAUCACGGCAUUUUAUAAAGUUGCCAAAAAAAUAUGGAAGUUUUUUAACGACCGGGACUCCGUGCAGGAAUCGCUUUUCUAAUAUCACGGACUAAACGGAAGUGAAGUGUGGAUUCGGUGAACGAUCGCGCAACAAGUUGAAAAGAUCCCGAAGGCUGUCAAAGCUCCCAAAUUCCAUUCAGAAAAGUGAAGUGCCACGAAGGCGAAGCUCACAGUCGGUGUCAGAAGCUGGUGUACACUAUCAAGUAUUGCUCACUAGAAUAUCAGGUAAAGAUUAGAGAUAUCUGAUUUGUUCUUAUCUUUGGAUUGGUUCGAUAAUUGUCAAGACAAGAAAGCUGAUUAUAUUUCUUACAUGAAUAUGAGAUACUACGAUGACGUCUCCAACAGUAUUCAGUCUCAAAUUCGAUUCCGACAAUGACGAUAUUGAAAUUAUCCAAGAGAGCGAAUAUAAUUCAACGGGUUUCCAAAAUGAAUUCUACAAUAGUAUCAGCCGAAACACACCAAAGGCAAUUGACACUCCUACCGCCGGAAGUUCGUGUUACAAAUGCGGCAAGCAGUAUAAAUACAUCGCGCUCCUGAAUAGUCAUUUAAAAUCAUGUGAGGGCAGAAAAGUUGCAACCCGUGAAAUUUUGCACGUUUGCCAGAGUUGCAAGAAAGCCUACAAAAGUCGAAUGGCAUAUGAGAAGCAUGUGAUAAGGUGCUCUCAAACGACACCAUGUCUAGUGGAUCGAAGGAUGUGCUUUUGCUGUGAGGAACCUCUGAAAAAUUGCCAUGUCGGCUGGCUGCAAUGUGCAAAAUGCAGUAAGUCUUUCAGUACUGAAAAGGGACAUGCACGACAUCAGAUGCUACUUCAUUCGAAUUCGGUCAAUUUCAAGUGUGAGCUGUGCAAUGCUCAAUGUUCUAAUAAUUAUAUUUUGAAGCUACAUCGACAAACUCACAACGAUGAUUUAGAUCGUUUGGAUCGUACUGGCCCAGAGUAUAAUUGUAAUCUUUGUCAUAAAAGUUUUCUGGACAAGACCGCUUUUGACAUUCAUAUCAACAAUCAUAAGCGAGAGAAUAUACAACCUGUUACAUCGUACAGCUGUAAGAUGUGCAAUUCAGUGAUGACUUCCUUGGAGGAAUUUAACAGUCAUUCAUGCCAAAAAGUUGAAAGGGGAAAAUACAAAUGUAAUUUGUGCGGGAGAUAUUUAUCAUCAUUUGGAUUCUAUAGACGUCAUAUAAAUACACAUAGGAAAUAUAACGAAAGUUCGUCCAGUCUAGGAGUGGAUGUCACCUUAAUAAAUUCGGAAAAUAACAAUUCAAAGUUUGAAAUUAAAGAAGAAAUUGUUGAAACAUCAAGUGAUGCGAAAUAUAAUGUUCAAAGCUUCUCAGACUCAUUUGUAUUGAAAAAUGAAUCAACGACUAUGGCAAGAGGCAAUACUCCAUCAAAUGAAGUACGCAUUUUAAACGGAAAAUGUACCGGAAGCAGCUAUCAACAAAUCGAGGAACCAAAAGAUGUCGAGAGCAAUCAAAUUGAUUUUGAACAAAUAGUGCAAAAUAUCAAGAAAGAAGACCUUCACGAAGACAAUUAUUUUCCCAUGGAGGAGGCUACACUCAAAGAAAGUAUUAUUUCUUUCUUGAAAAUAGUUCUUGACGCUGAGUUGCUAGAACAAUUUGGAUUCCCAGAUGCUCCUGUUGAGAAGGUACUUGCAAAUGUUUUGGAACGUCUGGAGUGCAAGCCAUCCUCGCGAGCAAAUGAUGUAGCAGUGCAGCUUAGAGAAAAUGUGAAAAUUCUACUGAAAGAAGUGGUAGAUGACGGUUGUGCAAUUAACACUAUCGACAGAAUCGAAGCAAUAGAUAUAAUUCUACGAGAAGUCAUUAAAAAUAGUUCGUAAGUUAGAAUUAUAUUGUGAACACGAUGUUUAGUCUUCUCUAGCAUGGGAUGCAUCCAUUAUUUUUAAAAUACAAUGUUUUUACUUUA